AUGGCAACCGAAACCCGGCGACGAGAUCUCACCCCCCCUCGUGUCAUGUCACUCGUGCCCAACUCCUCCCCGUCACCGCUCUACCCGGCCAGCCAGAUCCAGAUGUCUGGCACGACUCGCCGGCCGGGCAAGCCGCCGCCGCCAUCUCACGCUGCGAAGCGGCUGGCACUGCGUCUGACCACCCCCCUCGCGUCGCUGGCCCUCCUCCUAUGCGCCGCCGCUGGCGUUCUCCUCUACUCCAAAACCAUCCCGGCGUCCCAAAUCGUCGGCCGCUCAAAGGAAUCCAGUACGGCGUCGACGGCGCCCUCCUCCCCGACGGUGGAGUCGAUCGAGGGCGCGCGCGCCAUCUGGGAGCUCCCCGCGGCGCCGGCCAGGGGGGUCCUCUUUGUAGCCCACGGCUGCCGCUGCCGGCCGGAGAACUUCUGGCCGCCGUCCCAGCGCUGCCCCGGAUGCGUCGGGCUGCCGGAGGACGUCGCCAUCACGGCCCGCGCGCUACGGAGGCGGUUCGCGGUGCUCGCAGUGGCGAGCGCCGGGGACUGCCGGUCGCUGGGGAAGGAGGUGGGCGCCGCCAAGCGGGCGAUCCAGUCUUGGACCGCCAAGAACGGCCUCGGAGGCCUGCCAGUGGUCGCCCUCGGCGCGUCGUCAGGUGGGUACUUCGUCUCCCGGCUUGCGGCCAAGAUGAGCCUAGCCGCCGUCGUGAUGAUGAUCUCUGAGGGCGUGUUCGACCCGGCGGGAGCGCCGCCGGGCUAUCCGCCGUCCUUGUUCCUUCACAUGCCCAAGGACUAUAAGACGGCCGCGCUGGUGGGAAGGAAUGUGAAGAUGCUGAGGAGCAAUGGCGUUGAGGCGAGGGAGCUUCAGAGCCUGGAGCUUCCUCUGACGCCGACGCUGCUGUCCGAUAGGAUACCAGGGCUGGAUCAUGGGUUGUCUGAAAGGAUUUGGAAGGUUUUCAGUGAGGAAGGAUUCGUUGAUGAGAGGGGGUACAUGAGGAAGGAUGGCCGGGCAACUCCAUGGAAGAAUGCAGUGGUGAAGAGGGGGUUCUGGGAGGAGGUAUCCCAGUGGGCUAAGCACAUCCAAGAGGAGCUGAAUCUUGCUUAUGGAUACCAUGAGAUGACAAGCUUGCAGAAUGAUGAGAUGUUGAAUUGGAUUGAGGAGCACCUGAAAUGA